GGGCCUUUUGUCCCAGCCCCAAGAGUAAACACGUGCAGUUUUGUUUUGUUGCAAUGGGAAAAGUUCGGAAAGUAAAAACAAGGACGCCAACCGGCGUGAACAUCUCUGCGGAUCUUGAAGACGCUCUGGACGUGGGUGAAGCAGAGGGCGUUGGACCAAUCGAGGCGAUCUGCAUGCACCUCCAGCGACCGGAUGUGGAGGACAAGUUGAACGGACUGCACUCCUUUGCCGUGCUGGCGCUGCGAAAGGAGAAGGUGCGAGAGAUUUGCAGUAGCGAUCUUGCCCGAAUCGCAUCGCCACUACUGUGUGACAAGGAAAGCGCCAUAAGAAAUGCGGCGGCGGGAGCCUUCCGGAACCUCUCAGUGUUUGGCACAGAGGUAUGCGAUUUUCUAGUGGAAAACGAUAUAUUAACCGCUCUGCUGGCUUUAAUCCGGGGCUAUGAUCUAACUAAAAAUGGCUUUGAAAACGAACUGCAUGCGGACACCUUUCUACAGGCGAUACAUCUUCUUAGAAAUUUGUGCGAGAGUUCACCCACAGCUACAGAAGCCUUCAAUCAGGCAAACUUACUCCCCAGCCUGCUGCUUGGCUUCGACUACACAAAAUUCGGGCUAGAGGUUGCCAUAACAGUGGCCCAAAUGGUGCUGGUGGUGUCUGAGAACAACUCCAGCUCAUGGAACGUCCUGGCCAGCAGUAAUAUUCUACCGGAGCUCCUCGGUAUUACCACAGAGAGUUACGCGCAGUUGUACCUCAAUGCUUUGGCUGCUGGUAUCUUGUGCAAUGUCCCAGCCUGCUCAGCCGCCCACACCCGGGAGAUCCUGAACAGCCUGGACAAACUACUCUCUAUAAAUCCACAGGAGCAGUUGCUUAGCUGUAAAAACGAAAUUCAGAAUGCCAAAUCGAAGAACGAAGUACCCGUCCUGGAAAUCUCUAUGGAAACGGAGGAGUUGACGGAAUCCCAAAGCACAAAUCAGUCGAAACAGAAUCAAUGCGAUGUCGAUGUUACACUAAAGAACCUGGAGCACUUGCUAGACGCCCAGCGACUGGUGGCCGAGAUUAUUACCAACCUGGGUUCGAGCGAUGACCAGAGUAACUGGGGUACGGAUAGUGAACAGUCGGAGACUGAGAGUGUGGCGGAUUACGAUAUGGAGGACGAGCAAACUGACAGCGAAACAAGUGGACUGCCCGCUAACUUCUUGGAAACCAUCAAGCAAAACAAAGUUAUUGAAAAACUUUGGCAAAAAGCUCAACCCUUGGAACCUGCUUUGGAGAAGAUUGUGGCCCAGCAGGAGACUAUCAAGGAUAAAGUUAGCAAAUUAAGAGUGUCCUAUUUGAUUUGUCUUCAGAACCUCUGCAACGUGCUUACCGAAGAAGAUUUGGGUGGCUACAGUGACAUUUAUAACAUGUGGAUGAACUUGGGUCAGCAGGCUCUUAAGGGAACCGAAGAUAUAACUGUAAUGGAAGCCAUAACCUCACUGAUGCGCUCCUCGCUGAGUUUGCUUAAGUCGCGAAAAGAUCUUUUUAGUCAAAUGACAGAGAAUGACCUGAACUUGAUUAUCGAUGGAGCCAGCAAGUGCACAGAUUUAAAUAUCCGAGUUAACUGGAACCGCAUGCUGGGGACCUUAGGAUCUCUAUUAUCAGAAUCACUGGUUAAGGUUAUCGUUUUAUUUUUGUUGAAUUCUUGUGCCCAGGAGAACGAUCUGUGGGCCCUUUCCGAGGGACUAGAUGCCCUAAUGGACAUUUUCGCUGUGGAAGAUUGGCCGCAGAUUAUCGCCGAGCUUGAGAUGUGCGAUCGCGUCCAAGCUUUGGAGGAGUUGUUCAAGUCAAAAUUGCGCCAACAGCGACGUGAUCUGAAGGAGCGCCGGCCUACAAUAUACACAGUUAAGACGAACUUUGCACGCUUUGUUUUUUAUUUGAACAAGAAUUGUAAACAAUAAAACUAUACUGACAACAAGUAAAAGUUAUUAUGAAGUUAAACUAUAAAAUCAAAAUAACAAUUAAAGUUUUUAUAUCCGA